CUCAGGUGACCAGAUGGACGACUUCAGCAGCGAAUUAUUCAGCAGUUUCUUUGAUGACCAUCUAUUAGAGCGACCCCUUCUGGCAGACAGACCUUCACUUUGUAUGGACAUAGACAGCAGCCCAGAUAUUCAAGCAGAGCACAGCUACUCUUUGAGUGAAGACUCCGCCCCCCAGAGCCCAGCCCUGUCAAUCAAAAUGGACCAAGAGUCUGAAUUUGAAUGGAACUUCAGUCAGGACCUUUCGGCCAUCUUGGUGAAACAGGAGGAGCCCGAUGUGGGUCAAAGGUUAGACCCUCAGCCUCUGGAAGGCCCGCCUCUCAUAUUAAGUCCUGCCCCCCCACACAGAGGGUCACCAUGGAGACACACGGAGCGCAGUCAAGACGAAGUGAAGCCAGUGGCCAUAAAAGAUGAACCCAAAGAGAUUGGACAGUACCUCAGCCUGCCCAGUGACGAUGCUCUCCAGCUCCCGCCCACCCCUCCCAGCAGCAACCACGGCGACAGCGACGGCUCCCUUCCUCCCUCCUCCCCACACCUCCCUCUGCCACCGUCUUCCCCUCAACCACAACAGAGGCCAGGAGGUCGUGCCUCCUCCUCAUCCUCCUCCUCCUCUUCUUCCGCCAUCUCUUCUUCACCUCUCCUCACUGCACCACAUACGAGCCUAGCACACAGCAUAUCUAAGUCAAGCGGCAACCUCCGUGGCUGGCAAAUGAACCCAAGACGAAGUGCCAAAAACUGCAGUUCCUCGAACGGCCACUUGAAGCUGGCACCAGAAAAGCUGCAGGGUUCAGGUCCCCUCAUGCUGACAGAAGAAGAGAAGAGGACCCUGGUUGCUGAGGGUUAUCCAGUACCAAACAAACUUCCUCUCACAAAGAGUGAAGAGAAGGCACUGAAGAGAGUCCGACGGAAGAUCAAAAAUAAGAUCUCAGCUCAGGAGAGUCGGAGGAAGAAGAAAGAGUAUGUGGAAUGUCUGGAGAAAAAGGUGGAGAGCUACACGUCAGAAAACAGCGACCUGUGGAGAAAAGUAGAAAACCUGGAGACUGCCAACAGGUCUCUCCUACAGCAGCUCCAGAAGCUUCAAUCAUUGAUUUCAGGGAAAGUUGUCCCCCGUUCUUGUAAAAUGGCCUCAACUCAAACAGGGACAUGCCUCAUGAUGAUGGCCGUGUGUUUUGUCCUGGUGUUGGGCUCCUUCUCUCCCUGCCUCUCUCCCCUCUCCCUCCUCGCCGACUCCUCCUCUUUGUCCUCAUCCUCCUCUUCCUCUCAUCCCUCCUCCUCUCCUCCUCUUCCAUCAGCGGACCUCUACACCACCAGUCAGGUCCGUUCCCGCAGCCUGCUCUUCUACAAUGAAGGGGCUCCACUGGAGGAGAGUUUAGUGACAUCAGAAGGGGAGCGGCUACAAUCAGAGGCCCAUUCCCACAUCCGAUACACAGCUGACGCACACAGCAACCAGACAACUGGGCCCGAGUUAGACCGGAGAGAAACAAAACCAGACGGAGUCUCCGAGUUUUUCUGACACAACCUGACCCCUCCUCCCAUGACUUCUCACCUCUGACCCCUAAAAGGCCUCCAGAUUCCUGAACUCAGGAAUCUUCAUAUCAACACGCAACUGGACCGAAAUCUACAUGAUUCUGCCAGUCCAUCAUCAUCAGUUUUAGUGAGCUUCAAGACUUCAGACACUGCAGUCCUCCCAUCCGCCAUCCACAGCCGGUACACUGCCUGUACGUGGUGCUUGCUUCUCUGCUCAAAGAGGCUCUGCUACACCUGAAUAUACUGGAUUUUAAAGGGACCAUCUUAUUGGAGUGUGCAUUGAAAUAUAGUACAAUUUUAAAUUCCAAACUAAUUAUUCAAAUUAAGUUUGUACAGUCUCAAAGAAUAUUAAAACUUUAGAUACAUUCCAUAAAAACAAGAACCUCUACAAUAUACAACACACAAAUGCAAAGUGUAGCGUUUUAACAAAAAUAAUGAAGAAUUAUUAGCUGCUUUUGGUCUCCAGAGCCAUUGACACUUUCUCUCUAAAACAAACACAUUGUAGCGUUGCCCUUAAGACAGAAAACAACAUCCUCUUUGCAAGAGUAAGCAAAGAGGGCUUUGUGGGUAAUAUGGUCUUAAUUUUGAGGGAAACACACAGAUAAACCUUUACCUUUAACUCAUGAACGUAAAUACAUAAUAUAUAGAAACUUGACUGACCUCCACUGUGGGAUUGCAGCUGAUGUUAGCACAUGGUGCUUUCAUUUUCAAUCACCAUUACCUAUACCUGUUGAUAUAGGGCUGUUAUUAACAUUUGUUUUGUUUAUUGGUUUAACUAUGUUUUUUUUAUUUUAUCAAUACUACAAAAGGUCAUAAAAUAGUCACAGUUUCCCAGAGGCCAAGGUAGCAUCUUUAAAUAUCAGGUUUUGUCUGAUAUGAAAUACAAACAGCAAAUCCUCACAUUAGAGGAGCUGGAACCAGAGACUGUUGCUUAAAACUCAAUUUAAAGGUGCUGUAAGUAAUUUUUUGUUGUUAAAAUAAACCUUAAACAGCUCUACAUCCCGACAGCCAUCACCGAUAGAGUGUUCAGUCGGUAACAUGGGUCACCAAGUCCCUCCUUUCUGCAGUAAACACAAAUUUUCUGGUAUCUCGUCCCCAGUUUAUCCAAUCAGGAGAGAGAAUUCCAUAAAGAGAGGCAGCAGGAUGUCAGUGUGGUGACGUGGGGAAGAGGGAGGGGACUGCUAAUUGUGAGAGCAGACAGGAAAUUAGCCGAAAUGCAGAUUUCCGCUACAGCACCUUUAAGUGAUUAAUUGCUAAUCAAAAUGGUUGCAGAUUAACUUUCAGCUAAUUGACUCAUUGUUUCAUGACAGUCUAUGUGCAUAAUGAAUUCAACAUGUAAAAAUAUUCACAUCCUUUUUAAAAGGAAGCUGUGCCAUUUUAAAAGUGCCUUCCACUUAUUUAGACCAAUAUGACCAACUUAGCCUUUACACCUGAAACCCACACACACACCUAAACACCGGGAACAAUAACUAGAUUACACACUGGUUAAAUCAGGGCUGGUUUCGGCCUUCUAACACCCUGGGUGUGAUUUAGCUCAUUUCAUUAUCUUUCUAGUUCUUGUUUCUGGAUGAAUGUUCAGGAUUUAUCUGUCUCUCUAGGUUUUAUUUAGGGGCAUAGCAGCAGAGCCAGCCUUGGUUUGAACUGCUGUUGUGUAAUGUUAAGAGUUACAACAAACACAUGUAAUGUGUUUUAUUUUGAAGUUAAAGCUAGUUUGACACUUCCAAAUUCUGACCAAAAUUCUGCAUCAUUUUGGGGAGAAACCAUAUUUUCAUAUCCAGGGACCGUUAAAGGGGUACCGACAGAGGUUGGGGAAACAUGACAUAAAAGUAUUUUUAUGGAAUUAAAAAUUGUAUAUGUAAUAUAUUUGCAGCAUCAAAAAAGAGCAUAUUUAAUUUAUGCAACAAAAAAAUAAAUACUGAACAUGUUUUUAAGAUUAGUUUAUCUUAAUGUUUUGUUUUUCUAAAUAAUGUUUACAAAAAAACACAAAAAUACAACUUAUAAUAUAUUCUGAGCAUCAAAAAAGAGCAUAUUUAUUUUAUGCAAAAAAAAAAAAAGAAAGGAACCGUAUGUUGUGUUUUGGCAUUUAGGAUGAUGUGAAGUUUUACAUGAUGGUGUGUUUACAUGCUGUUUCAUGGAGUGUAAAACUUUGACAUGAUCUGUUUGUGUCUUUUAACUGUAAUACAGUGUUUAUGUUUCACUGCUGUCGCAUGAAAACCCCAGGGGGUCUUUUCUUUGUUCCCUCGUGAUUUAAAAAUGCCAUUAGCUUGUUUAUUCGGACCUUUAAAAAAAAUCAGUUUUUUUGGUUUCGUGGCCUGGAAAGAAAGAAAUUCAUCACAAAUCAACUUCUGAUUCAAAAAGAAAUAUAGUAAUGCUCAAUAAAAGCAUCCUAUAACCUCAAACAUCUAAACAUCAACACUAAAUGUGUUCAUGCGACAGCAGUCUAUGUUGUAUUUAUUCCUGUUUGUAGAAAGUGUGUAUAUAUUGAUGAAGCCAAUCAGGGGACUAAUACAUUCCAGGAAGUAAAACACCACUAGCUUUGUUAUCUCCACAAUUUGAAGAAACAUCAGGACAUUUACAAAAACUCUUUUAUUUCUUCACCACUAUUCAGACAAUGCGAGAAAAAAAAACAACCAUGCUCCCCAGAAACUAUUUUGAUAUGUCAUGGUAUUCCUUCAAAUUAAAGGCCGUUAAAAAACAGACAUUUCACUGUCCCAGCCCAAAUCCUCGAGGAUACAAUAAGAGUUCUGACUUAUAAAACACUCAGAAAUCCUAUUUUACAAUGGACACAGAUCGUCUAACUUGUCUUCGUUUCAUUUUGUGUCCCUCAUGCUACACAAAAACAUUGCGUGACUGCAGCCCGUUGCCCAAUCAUCCUGUCAUUCUCACCCUCAACAGUCUUAAUGCACCAGUGUACAUAUAAUGACAACAUAAUGUGCAGUUGUUGUAAAUAAGGGCCUUGUUUUUGUAUUGUGACAAGAUUUUAACCUGUGGAAUCAACGUGGGGAAGGAAAAGAAAAUGGGAGAAAAAUCAGUGGAUUCAUGGGGGAGGGAUUAAAAACAGGGAGGGAGGGGGCCUUUUUCCACUUGUAAAGAAACCUCGAUAACACAGCAGCUGCACACAGUUUGAAUAGUUGUAAAACACACACAAUUACAUAUUUGAAAUGUGUUUGGGUAUAAUGUUGUCCUGGUUUGUUGUAUAGCGUCUUGCAUGUUCCUCCAUAUACAACUAUGUUAUCUUAGUGUAGUCAGUAGAGUAGAAACCAGCAAAAUAUUAAAAAACUGCAUCAGCAA